AUGGGCGUCCAAUCCACCAGGAACAUUCCGAAGGAGACGAUAUCGUCGCUAGACCAUGCCCCGUGGCCUGAACCCGGGAUCUUGUUACAAGUUCGAGCAGGGAAGGUCAAAAAAGCCGCCUUGGGAGGGGAAAUAACAUCCGCGAUUUACAAACAGGAACACGACGGGCCAAUUUUUUGCACGCCGACUGGCUUCACGGGCGAUGAACAUGCUUCCUCUCGGCACGGUGGCACGGAGCGCGCAGUGCACCAGUACAACCCAGACCACUACGCGGAUUGGCAAGCAGAGAGCGCCCCAGACCCGUCACUUUACGAUAUCGGAGCGUACGGGGAGAAUAUGGUCACGACCAGCUUCAACGAGGAGAACGUGUGCAUUGGCGACAUAUUCCAGCUCGGCAACGAGGUCCUCCUUGAAGUCAGCGAACCCAGACAUCCGUGCCACAAGCUCAACUCGCGCUUCCAGUGGCAGAGAGCGCUAAACCGCACGAUACGCACAGGACGCUCGGGCUGGAACAUGCGCGUGCUGCGUACCGGAACGGUCUGCAAGGGGGAUCGUAUGUCGUUGUUGAAGCGACCUUUCCCGCAGUGGUCUGUCCUGAACGUCCAGCGCGUGAUCAGGGCGAGACAUGUCCCGCUUGCUUUAUUAUCGGAAUGCGCACAGCUGCUGCCGCUUACGGACCUAUUCCUGGGCCUGGCUAAAGCCCGAUUGAGGGAGACACCGAAGGUAUAUACGCUCAUUGACGCGAAGCUCGUCACCGGGCGCGUUCGGAAGCUCACGUUCGCGUUGAAAGACGAUCUGACGCUCGCGAAUCCUGAAUUCGAUCCUUACGGUUUCGCGCAAAUCACCUUCGGGUCAUCGGCGUCGCGGUUCUUGCGGUCGUAUUCCAUCGUCGACGGUAACCUAUACAAGUUUAGCCUAGGCGUCUCCCUAGAUCACCAAACCCGCGGCGGCUCAGCAUACCUCCACAACGAACUCAAACUGGGCGACGAGAUCGAGAUGGCUCCAGGGAUGAAUCCCGGCGCGCAAGAGAACGACGCGAGAUGCGAGAAAGAUGGCCUGACAAAGACGACGCGCAUCGUGAUUGUGGGCGGUAUCGGCGUCACUGCAUUCCUCCCGUCAAUCCAAGACUGGGAGAGGCAGGGUUUGCCAUACAGCAUACACUACGCGGUGCGAAGUCCCGAGGAUGCUGCGUUUCUCGACCAGCUUCCUGCACACAAAACUACACUGUAUGCUUCUUCUAGGGGCGAAAGACUGGACGUUGGAAGCAUUAUACCAAAGCCUGAUGACCUUAAUAAUGGCCAUAAAGCCCGGAUCUUUUCCUGUGGGCCAGCACGUAUGAUGAAGGAAUGUGCGCGGAUUACCGGGCAGCUCGGAUACCCAGAACAUAUGGUUCAUUUCGAAGACUUUGGGAGCGGCGAGGGCGGGAUCCUGGGUGAGGCUUUCAACGUUGAAGUUGAUGAGCCGGAUACGAAUAGGCACGAGACGCUGACGGUGCCUGCGAACAAGACUCUGCUGGAUGUGCUGAACGAUGCGGGCUUUGACAUUCUAUACUCGUGCAAGUCUGGUGCUUGUGGGGCUUGUAAGGUCAAGGUCUGCGAAGGGGAUAUUGACUAUAAGAGCACGGCGCUCCUGGCCAAGGAGAAGGGGAUCGCGCUGCAAAGCUGCGUAGAUCGCGGUAUUGGGAAGCUUAAGAUAGAGGUUGACUGA